AUGGAAUCAACGCAUUUUUCUGAAAGACAAGUAACCACGUCCUUGGGGAUUUACCCAAAGGGAAUCUUAGUUUUUGCGUAAAAAUCAUACGCUGAGCAUCCCGGAUUUCACAGGUUCAGGGCAUGGGGCUCCCUCAAAUUUUUCAUAGAGCAUAGUCUUGGAGACAGUGUAUCUCAGUGUAUACUGUGCUUGCGCUUUUCAACGUCGAAAUAACCAUGAUCCUAUCUUCUCAGAAAAAACGCGUGGAUCACUUUACGUUUCUGUGAAAAUGCCCACCUACCCCUCCCCUAAACCAACAUUAACACUUAGUUCUUAAUUACUUAGGGCAAAAUGCUGGCUUAGGGGAGUGGUAGGUGGGCAGUUUCACAGAAACGUAAAAUGAUCCAAAAGCUUUGUCACUAAACUUUAACUUCGCCCCACGUAAGGUAAUCCAAGACAGUCUUGAACUCUGGACUCCACGUUGUGGAUUCCGGAUUCCAGGUGCUGGAUUCCGGAUUCCUUUUCAGUAAAACUCGGAUUCUGGAUUCCAAUCGUUAGCGGGAUCCCGGAUUCCUAGCACUGAAUUUCGGAUUCAAAAGCUCGGGAUUCUGGAGUUUGGCAAGCAAAAAUUUCUUAGCCGGCAUCGCAGACAGUCUAAAUACCCGAUAUGGACUGUAUCGAGUUUUCUAUUUAGUUCUCGAGUGACCAGUUCCGGAAUCUGGAUUACCUUACAAAGGCAGAUUGACUGAUGAGACCUUGUGAACUUCACUGAGACUGCAAAACGAUAGGAAUCUCAAGCUCAGACUCCUGCGCACAAACGCGCACGAACCUCCUAGUCCUCAAAAACUCAUCAUCGUUCCCAGAGCCUCUCUUCUUUCUAUGACCUGCCUAAGGUGAAGCCUGGAGUAAAACACGUGCUUUGUUGUAUCGCUAUGACGAUCAUCAGGGGCAUCCAACGACGUUUUUUCUCUAAAGUAACGGUUCUAAGAAGCAAGUAUUGCCUAGAAAUUUCUAAAGUUCGAGAAAGGCUUAAAAAUUUGGAGGUAACUUUUCUAAUAAAUGUACAGCUACUCAAGUCCUCGAACUUUCAAACGGACCAACAGUUUUUUAAUGUGGAAACUUUUGAGUGUGACGAAAAAGCCACCUAAAACUUUCGAGUUGACCGAACGUCCACUAUAUCAUUGAAAAAGCAAAUAGUUUUUAGGGCAACUCAGGGCAACCAUAUGAGACACUCCUGACACUCCUGACGCUCCUGACGUAUUUAGAAACAUGCGGUCGUUGGGUCGUUGCCAGUUGGCAACCUCGUUCCCAGGUUCCAUUCCUACUCGUCCCUCGGAGACGAGUAGGAGAGGAUCCUGGGAACGAGGUUGACCAGUUGGGUGCUCCUCUGGGUCUUCUUGGUUCAUAAGCGCUUUAAUGGAGAAGUGAUUGUUUUGCGAUUCUUUAUUACAGUAAAGAAGAACUGCGCUGAACUGUACAAAUCUGGCCAAAGAACCAGUGGAGUUUACGCAAUUGACCCUGAUGGUUCAGGCGCCUUUGAUGUUUUCUGUGAUCAAAAAGCCGCUGGUGGAGGUUGGACCGUCAUCCAAAAAAGAUUGGACGGUUCAGUCGAUUUUCAGCGAGGAUGGAGUGACUACAAGCGCGGAUUUGGUAGCUUGAAUGGCGAGUUUUGGCUCGGACUCGAUAAGAUGAAUCGCUUGACAAAAACAAAAAGCCGACUUCGAGUGGAGCUCGAAGACACGAAAGGAAAUACUGCUUAUGCUGAAUAUGAUUUCUUUGCCGUGGCAAGUGAGAGAGCUUUGUACAAAAUGAGCCUUGGAAAUUAUUACGGUGAGUGAUAGUGAUAAAAACAAGUGAACUUCGGCAAACAAAAGACAUCCUAAAAGCCGUUAUCAGGAGCAGUACGUUAGGAAAUUUAAAAAAAAUACACAAGCACUGUCCUAUAGAAAUUCCCACAGAAAUUCCAUACUGAUGACCGUGAAAAUCAAUGUUUACAUAAUAAAUCCGGUAGUCAUGGGGUUCCAAAUAUAAAUCUGUCUAAUUUUACGUGUGUUCUGGUCGAUUUUGGUAAAGUGUUUUGCUUAUCUGCCAACAAGCUCCAGCAAAACUCAAAUGCUUCUUCUAGAGAAGAAACAAGAACGAGAAGUCCGAAGACUACAGCAAAGCUGAUUUAAAACAACGUGUAUUGUGUUUUACUCCAUCUAUAUAAUAUUGUGAUUGCUACAUAAGUUCAGUAACAUCUGUAAACCUGAAGAAGGCUGGUAUGGCCAGCCGAAAUAUUGUUAUAAAACACAAUACACGUUGUUUUAAAUCAGCUUUGCUGUAGUCUUCGGACUUCUCGUUCUUGUUUCUUUAUAUUUUGGCUGAUUUGAUCUCUUUUCUAGAGAUCCAACGUUUACAACUAGCAGGAUCUUCGUCCACGGUUUUUGCAGUUAAUUUAAUCCUUUAUUCUAGAGAAGACUAUAUUCCAAAAAUAUUGACUGUUUUGUUAGAGAUUCAUCGCGCUUUACAUUUGACCUUUGUGGCCUUUUUUCUUUUGUCUGUCAUUUGUAAACAAUAGCUUAAACAAUGUAACUACUCUGUCGACCAAUCAGCGCUUCUGACCGGAUUCUGGACAGAUUUUACGUCAUCAGUACGGAAUUUCCAUCGCUGAGUCGCAGACGUUCCUCUGCGCGAAGCGUCCUCAGCGGCGAAGAGCGAGGAGAAACGGAUGUUUUUGCAGGCUAUCAUUUCGGUCAAGUCUUUAUAGUGACACGCGGCCGACCCCACAACAUCUUGCCGCAAACAUCGCACUCGAGAAAAAACCUCUGUCACCUAGGGUAGCACUUCGCCUUACUCGGCUAGGAAAUCUGCACAUAUGAUCAAUAUUCCAAUAUGUGCACCAAUAUUGCAGGGGCUGUGCUGAGGGCGGGGUGAUGUCCUUUUUAGGGCUACUGCAUGCAUACAUUUUUUCUUUCUUUCUUUUCUAGGGACUGCUGGAGAUUCUUUGGGUUAUCACGCUGGAUCUGCGUUUUCAAGUAAAGAUCGCGAUAAUGAUCAAACCUCAGGCAACUGUGCUGCGUCCUUUAAAGGGGGGUGGUGGUUUAACAACUGUGUGACCGCCAGUCUUAAUGGUGUGUACUAUCACGGACAGCACUCAUCUGACCAUGAUGGUAUUAACUGGCGCGCAUGGAAGGGUCGAAAAUACUCGGCUAAAAGAGCUGAGAUGAAGAUCAGACCAGUGGAUUUCUAA